GCACCAACAGUUUAUUUCUAGGCUGGCGCUAGGUAGGAAGGCAGAAUUACACAAUGUGCAGUUUCCUCGGGAAAUAGCAACAGACAAUAAGAAAAAAGGCGCUUUGAAAAAAUGAUUAUUGUUUAGACCAGCACCCAUUUCUCGGCAUAGGACGAUGGAGCACAUUUUAACGCCAAAGGUGGAAGAAGUGAAAUUGUUGGAUCGAUACACUGCAAAGAAGCCAGCCAUUGGCACUCUCUAUCUAACAGCAACCCAUCUAAUCUUUGUGGAGACCUCCUGUAACACUCGCAAGGAAACCUGGAUGUUACACCAUCUCAUAGCUACAGUAGAGAAACUCCCUCUUACAGCCAUGGGAUGCCCACUUUACAUUUCCUGCAAGAAUUUCCAUGUGGCUCACUUUGUAAUUUCCAGUGAGAGGGACUGCCAAAAUGUUCAUCAGUCCCUGGUCAGACUCUCCCAACCAGGGAAAGUGGAAGAGUUGUAUGCUUUUCUUUACAACCCAAAACAAGAUGAAGAUGAGAGAAGAAAUGGCUGGGGCUUUAUUGACUCAGCCAUGGAUUUCAAAAGAAUGGGAUUGCCCAAUGAGUUUUGGGAAAUGACAGACCUCAACAAGAACUAUGAGCUUUGCAGCACAUAUCACUCAGAACUGGGCAUUCCUAAAACUGCAAGCAAGAGCACAGUCUUUGGGAGUGCCAAAUUCAGGAGCAGGGGGCGCAUUCCUACUCUCUCCUACUACCACAAGGAAAGUAAUGCUGCCAUUUGCCGCUGUAGCCAGCCCCUGUCAGGGUUAAGUGCUCGAUGUGUAGAAGAUGAGGAGAUGCUACAGGCAAUCAGCCGGGCUAAUCCCAAAAGCACCUUCAUGUAUGUGGUGGAUACCAGGCCUAAGUUGAAUGCCAUGGCCAAUAGAGCAGCAGGGAAGGGAUACGAGAAUGAGGACAACUACUCAAACAUCCGCUUUCAGUUUGUGGGCAUCGAGAAUAUCCAUGUCAUGAGGAACAGUCUGCAGAAGCUUCUGGAAGUGUGUGCAAUGAAGUCUCCAACAAUGAGUGACUACUUGACGGGACUGGAGAAUUCGGGUUGGCUGCGUCACAUCAAGGCUGUGAUGGAUGCUGGAGUGUUUCUGGCUAAGGCUGUGGCUGAGGAUAAGGCUAGUGUGCUUGUGCACUGCUCAGAUGGCUGGGAUCGCACAGCCCAGGUGUGUUCUCUGGCCAGCAUCCUCUUGGACCCCUUCUAUCGGACCAUCAAGGGACUCAUGGUUUUGAUAGAAAAAGAAUGGAUAUCUAUGGGUCAUAAAUUCACGCAAAGGUGUGGGCAUGUGGAUGGGGAUCCCAAGGAGGUGUCCCCUGUAUUCACCCAGUUCAUUGAAUGUCUUUGGAAUCUCAUGGAGCAGUACCCCUGUGGCUUUGAGUACAACGAGAAGUACCUUUUGGAAAUCCACAACCAUAUUUACUCCUGCCAGUUUGGAAACUUCAUUGGCAACUGCCAAAGAGAGCGAGAGGAGAUGCGACUUUAUGAGAGGACCUUCUCCGUUUGGCCAUUUCUCUGGGAGAACCGCCAUCAGUACAGAAAUCCUCUGCACAAAUGCUCAAUAGGGAGGGAAGUUCUGAGGCCAAGCACAUUGCCAUUGAAUUUCAAGUUUUGGUGUGGCAUGUAUAAUCAUUUUGACAAGGGCAUGCAGCCAAAGCAGUCCAUUCUGGAUCACCUGCUAACCAUAACACAGAAAAAGGCAGAGGGUGAGAAGAAAAUGACAGAUCUCCAGAGACAGUUGGCAGUCAUGGAUGGGGUUCUGGCAGAUCAGGGCAGUCCAACAGGCACAUCACCUGAACAAACCUCUUUGUCUCCUGUAUCGGUUAGCCACACAGCCGAAAAUGCUAAACCACUGAUGAAUGGUGCUGCAGUGGAGGAGGCUGAAAUAGAGUUGGUGCCUACUGCAGGGAGCGAGCAGGUGGAACCAAUAGCUAUAGAAAAUUGAGUUGCUGCCACAAAGGGCACAGUUGUAUCCACAGAGAUCCCAGAUGUCAAAGAGGAGGGACAAAGUUCCUCUGAAAUGACCACUGAAGCGAUUAAGAUUGUGGCCUGAUGGAAACAUUGAAAACGGGAUAUCAUCUGAGGAAAUUACAGCCUUAAUGAUGAAACCAGAGUGUAUUGGAUUUUUUUUUUUUUUUAUCUUAUAAUGAUCCAAUUCUUCAGCAGCCAUAGAAGUUGAACAUUUAUUUAGCAAUUUUAGGAAGAGGUCAACCUUUUUUGGGCGAUAAAUACAGUGCCUUCAGAAAUUGAUUACAUUGUUUUUUCCCCCUCAAUCUACACACAAUA